GGGCGGGGCCCUGAAGCUUCGGAGGCGAGGUCUCGAGCGACAGGGGACACGCUGGUGUUGACCGAGUCUCCGUGUCCUUCCGUCCUCGUGACCUCGGCAUUUUGUCGGUUUUUCGGGUGAGAGGCGCUGGUGAAUUUUAGUCAAGGAAAUCCCUUUUUGCCCUCCUCGUACAAGAAAAUUUUACCCGGGAUUUUUGCUUUUGUGAGCGGCAUUGAGCUCUGGUUGUUCAGGACUCCGUCUAUCUCCAGGAGGGAACAUGGAGGCGGAAGAGACGGCUCCAGGGCUGCUGACAACCUGGUCACAGGAUCCCGUGACCUUCCAGGAAGUGGCAGUGGACUUCACCCAGGAGGAGUGGGCCCUGCUGGCCCCUGCUCAGAAAAUCCUGUACCGAGAUGUGAUGCUGGAGAACUACAGGAACCUGGCCUCAGUGGGGUAUCAUCUCCGCAAGCCCAGCCUGCUCACCCAGGAGGAGCUGAGGGUCAAGAAGAAGAGAAUCCUCCAAGACACCUGUGCAGACCAGAUUUCUCAACUUAAAACCAAAGAGAUCACUGCCAAGCGGAAUAAAGUUUGGGCAAAACCAUUUACUGGCAGGAAAGGGGCACCAACACAAUCUGGAGAGAAAUCCCAUGAACACAGAGUGGGUGGAAAAGCCAUCAGAAGGAAUCCUGACCUUAUUUUGCCAAAGGGAAAUUGCACAGGAGUGAAAUGCAAUGAACAUAAAGAAUGUAGGAAAGCAUUUGGUUAUCCUUCAUCCCUUGGGAUCCCUGUGCAAUCUCAUGCUGAUGAGAAAGCCUACACAUGUUUUCAGUGUGGGAAAGCUUUUGGUCGCUACUUGUCUCUUAGAACACAUGAGCAAACCCACACUGGAGAGAAACCAUCUAAGUGUAGCCAGUGUGGGAAAUUCUUCAGAUCCAACUUGAGCCUCGCUGUACACAAGAGGAUGCACACUUGGGAGAAACCACAUGAAUGCAGUGACUGUGGAAAAGCCUUCAUCAGGAACAGUGACCUGACUGUGCAUAAGAGAGUACACACUGGGGAGAAGCUCCAUUUGUGCAGGGUCUGUGGCAAAAACUUUAGCCAGAAGUUCUAUCUGAUGGUGCAUGUGAGAACCCAUACUGAGGAGAAGCCCCACCAAUUCAGUGACUGCAGAAAAGCCUUCAGUAGGAGCGCUAAGCUGAAUCCCCACAAGAGGGUACAUAACAGGGGGGAAGACAUAGCCAUGCAAUGACUGUGUGGAACUUUCCAGUAGGCAUCCAUCACAUGGGAAACAUGUGAGAACUCACAGUGAAGACAAGUCCUAGGAGUGGAGGCAGGGAAGCAAGUCCUCAUUGAUCUUACCCGAGAGCAACUCUGUGACUAUCUUCAGUGUGGGGAAGCUUUCUGCUGGGGCUUUUAACUAUUGCACAAGGCAAUUCAAGGUGAGAAGCUGUGUAAAUGAGAAGAAUGUGGGAUUGCUUUUAUCCGGGUCCUAGCCUGAGUCUGGAGAUCUAGCUCAUGAAUUUUCUGUCUGUGUUUUUGAAUAUAAACAUUUAGGUCUAGAGCUAUCCCUCUAAAUACCCCAUUUGUCUACAUUACGUGGGUUUUGAUCUAAGGUUUUUUAAAAUUUUGGUUUAGUUCUAAAUAUUGUCUGAUAUCUGUUAGAUUGAUUUUAACUCCUAUAGUCCUUUAAGCCUAUCAAAAUACUACUUCAUUUGACUGUCACCUAGAUGCUCUCCUUCCCCCGAAUCCUACCAUAUCUAUGUGUCUUCCUUUGGUUCCGCGGGUGUGUGGUCUCCUUUGUUGUAUCAAUCUGGUAAACCUGACUUUGUCAGAUUAUAGGUUUUGUUCUUGGUAGUCUUUGGCUGAUUGAGUUGGGACAAUGACAUGUAGUCAUAAAUAUGUUCUACUCGCUUAUCUUCUGAAAGGUCUUCUGGGAUAGUUUCCUAUCCAUUAUUGAUUUUUAUAUGUAGUAUCAGUGGCAGGGGGACUCUGAUUUGAUUUAAUUUAAUUUUUUCCCUUAGGCAACCAAUUUUCCUAGAGCUCUAAUCAGAAAGUCAAGUCCCAGAAGUUGUUUCUGUGUGCAUGUUUUUGUGUUUCUGGCCCUUCCAUUCAGUUCUGGUCAGUUUAUUAAUACUGCAUCAAGAUAGCACCAUCUUUAAUAAUUUCAUAACUAUUUUUUUUUAAUAUCCAAGAGGCAGGUUCCUACAACUUGUUCUUACAAGUGUGGCUUAUGUCUUCUGUAACUUUUAUUUCUCCAUAUUCAUUUAUUGAUUUUUUCAGAGCUGUAAACUGUAGAAAUGGAAACACUUUUGUCUUCCCUUAAUAGAAAUAGCAAUUCGACUGGAAAACGAACAAACAAACCUAACAUUAAACUUGGGCAACUGUUUAACUGCUGAGCAGACAGCCUAGUAAGACUGUAGAUUUUUCUCCUUCUUCACACAUGCCCACAUCACAUGACCUGAUAGGCUAGUGUCCUUCCCAGGGCUCCAUUCAAGAGCUUUGUAUAUAACUAUACAUACAAUGAAAUCAUUUGGCAAUAAAAAGGAAUGAAGGUCUGGUACAUGCUACAACAUGGAUGACCUUUGGAAAACAUUAUGCUCAGUGAGUGAAAACAGUCAUAAAGGGCUACAUACUGUAUGAUCCCAUUUACCUGAAAUAUCCAGAAGAGGCAAAGCCAUAAAAACAGAAAGGAAAUUGGUUAGCGUUUGCCUGGGCUGGUGGAGGGAACUCGAUUAACUAAAGAGGCAGGAGGCAUUUUCUGGGUUAUUGGAUUGAUGGAAAUGUUCUAGAAUUCCUUCAUUCUGAGAGUGGCACAACUCAGGUUGAGUUGAAUCAACCGCUUGAACGGUACAUUUAAAAUGGGUGAAUUUUAUGUAAGUUGUACCUCACUAGAGCUGUUAUCAAAGGUGCUUCCAUUGUGCAUUCAUUUUGAUAAAUCUGGCUACAGUCUCCAUAACUGUAGGAUAUACUCACAAGUACUCAAUUGUGACAUCAUCCUUGCAAUGUGGUAUUUCUCAUAGAGGACAGUCACAAUCUAUUUUCUCAAAUGCUGGUAUCCAGUUGUUAAUGAAUCCUUUUGCAGGUGAAUGAAUGAUCUAAAGAGCAUAAUACUCUUUAAGUCAUUUACUGGGAUCCAGGUCGGGUAUUUAUCUUGGCAAUGUCAUCUCUUUCAGGGUCUUCCUCCUUUUAUUUCAUAGUUUCCAUGAUGCACUUUUUAAUUUGGUUCUUUUCCUUGUGUUCAUUAGAAGUCUUUUUGGAAUUUUUGUGAGACAUCAAAUGGUUUUCUUUCAUAGGCUUUGGGUACUUCCAACUAAAUCAAGGUUUAAGGUUCCUGGAGAAGGCCUAGAGGUAUUCACAUUUUGCUGGUCCUCAUAGAGAAUUGUCUUUGUAUAUUGAGUUUGCUUGUAGCAAAUUUGCUGCAUUCUUAAUCUCAUACUGAUUCGAAGAUCUUUUGAGGGAUUUCUACAGAUAAUCAUAUCUACAAAUACUGACAGAUAUUGUUUACUCCUUUUUAAUCCUUAUUAACUUUCUUAUGCUUUUGUUGCCUGUCUCUGGCCAGGGCUUGAACCAUAUGGAUGAGAAAUGGUCUUGAGCACUGUUGCUUUCUUCCUGAUCUUAAAGGGCAUUCUUUUCAUAUUUUCUCUUUUAAAUGUGUUGUUCGUUGUAACAUUUUCAUAGAUAACUUUAUCAGGAUAAGAAAGUUCCCUUCUCUUUCUAGGGUGUUAAUGUUCUUUCUCAUGAAUUUGAAUUUUAUCAAAUAUCUGUUCCAUAUCUCCUGAGAUGAUAAUAUUUGUUCACUGAUGUAUUUCAAAACUCCUAGCACAAUGGUGGAACCCAUGGUAGGCACUCAAUAAGUAUUUGUUGAAUGAAUGAAUGAAUACAUGUAACUUUUUUUUUUUUUUUUAACUUGGUAUGGUGAAUCACUUGAAUUGCUUUUUCCGCAGUGAUUGUAACAUUGCAUUUCUGGGUAACUCUAGCCAUUGCAUAUCUAUUAUAUAUCAUUUUUCCUAGUUUUCUAGCUAGGAGUUUUGCAUCUUUGAGUGAGAUUGGCCUGCAAAUUUACCUUUGUCCUGACGUUCUUUUGUUGUUAGGAUUUGACAGCCUCAUAAUUGCCCAUAGUUGGGGCAAUUUCCCCAAAGUCCAUGCCUUCACCUAGAUUCACCUGUUGUCAACCGCUUUUGUUUCUGGACAAUUUUUAAAAUCUCUUUGCUUGUUUGUAAUUUUCUUUUAUGGAUGAGCCAUUGCAGACUAAAGACUUCUUUGCUAUUGAUCUUGAGGACUGAGAGGUCAAGAACUGGAAGAUCUGAGAAUUUUCCCUACUGACAAGCUAACUAGGUAGCCUGCCACAGUUUCAUGGAUGUUGGCCAAAGACACCAGAACUUCUGGGUCAGAGACCAAUGGCUUUAUUACAGUGCAGCAGGCGGCAUAUACUUCAUGAUCCUGUCAAUUCCCCUUAACUCCCAGAUUUCCCUGGAGGGGUGAUGUAAAGUGGGCCCAGGUAGCUCCUCCAUAUGCCGUGGGUUUGUGUCACAGCUGAGGAACCCCAAGCUUUUCUAAUGAGCUGCAAACAAACCUGCCUGAUCUUUGCCCCAGAGGGAGGACUCAACUCAAUUACACUGGACAGCAAACACCUGCCCUCUGUUCCAAGGAUGUUUUUUAUAAUAAACAUCCCUGAAGACAUAGUCCAGAACAGAAUAAGAUACAUGGAAACUCAAGCUAGCUGUGAACUUUCUUUGGACAUUUUCCUCUAUCAAAAUAUUAACAACUCAUGAAAUGUAACAUGAAUAAAAUGUCAUUAGCACACCACCUAUAUUUGGAUUUCUCCCCACAAAUAUCCUUUGUUGAGGAUUCAAAGUAUAAUUAGUUUCUCUUUUAAGUAUAUGUUUUUGUGGGUCGUGGUAAGCAGUGGCUUGAUGUGGGAUCUCAGUUCUCGGACCAGGGAUUGAACCCCAGGCCAUAGUUAAAACAUUGUUUUAAAAGAACCUUAUGUAGGAAGCCCUUGGAAAAUGGUGUAAAUACAGCCUUCUGACACAAGUCACUUUUAUUCAACUCAAAAGAAUCAGGACAGGAACUGUAUACCUGCACAGAAAGCUGCCAUUUUUUUUUUUUCCACAGAAAAAGUUGUGAAAGCCUUCACAAGUAUCCAUCCUUGUGUUUUACAUGGGAGGACACACAGUGGGGUUCCUGUUAGUAUAAUGACCAUGCCUUCAGGUGUGGCUCUUCAUUUAACUACUCACAGGAGAACUCCAUCUGAGAGAGAUCAUACCAACAUGUGAACUUGGGUUUGCCUUUAUGUUGCAUUCUUAAGGUGGACCCCCAAGCUUGUUAAUUUUGUUUUGUUUUUUUCUCAUGAUAUAAAUACCCAAGGCCACCUAUAUCCCUCUAAAUGCUAAGAUACUGAACAAGGUGUGAUAGGUCAUCUUUGUUACUUAUCAUGGCUCAAUUCUAAAUACUGUCUUCUUUCCAUUUUGACGACUUCUUAAGACUCUUGAGUCAUUCGGGAAUAUGUUUUCCAAAUGCAGUGCCAGGAGUUCUCAGUCGUCUUGUUUUUCAUUUCCAGUCUUGGUGUUUGUGAUCAGAGCUGGUGACCCAUAGGAUAUGGAUUCUCUUUUGGGACUUUAUGGUCCAGUGUGGCAGACAGUGCUUGGCUGCCUCUAUGUCCACUCCCCCCUCUUCUUAACUCUCAGAACCUGGAUUUUGCUCAACUUGUUAACUAUAAAA